CACUCUCCAUCUUGCUCUCAGUCCUAGCCCAACCACUCCUGGUUCUGCUGCAUCUCUCACUCCCAGGCUUGGACACCUCUACCAGUAAACACAAUGGGGGCAAAAUUGAGUAAGAAGAAGAAGGGGUAUUGCCUUGGUGCUGGCAAAGAUGGAGAGUCUACAGAAACGACAGAGGUUGAACAGAAGGAAACGGAGACUCAGGCGGGACAAAAAGAUGCAGCAGAACCAAAUGGAGAAAAAAAACCUACUGACCAAACGCCGAAUGGUGCAAGUGAUGAGCAAAAAGCCCAAGCAGAAAAUACCAGCACUGAGGUUCCAUCUGGUGAAACGACCAAAGACGAUUCGAAUAAAGACCAAAAGUCUGAAAGCAAACCUAGCACUGAAGAAACUAAGGAGCUUAACCAAGAGCAAGAACCUAUUAAGAGCCCAGAUACAACUCAGCAGACGGCACUGGAAGGUGGUAAAGAAGUGAAUAGUCAACCUCAGCAAAAACCACCCACUGACCACGACAAGCAAAAAGAGUCAGAGGCUAAAGAUGAACCAGUUAAGGAACCUGAGACGGUAAAGGAACAAACUUCAGAGCCUGAACAGCAAAACCAAACUGUGACCAAACCCUCUGCUCCUGUACCGGAACCAAAAGAGGUGGCAAAGUCGAUACCUGAUCCUGAGACUAAGGUUGAAGUAGAAAAGAUGGAGAAAGAACAAACUCCAGUGACAACAUCAGAACAUGUUUCUGAGCAAGCGAUGAAGCCAGUAUCAGAUUCUUUGGCGGGUCAAGAAAAACUUCCUGAGCCAACGGAGCAAUUGGUCACAGAGGCUACUUCAGUAGAUCCUGUAGUGCAGAAGCCACUUGCUCCACCCGAAGCUGAGCUGUCGGAGCCUGCCAACAAGGUAGUGGAGCCAGAGCCUGCCAACAAGGUAGUGGAGCCAGAGCCUGCCAACAAGGUAGUGGAGCCAGAGCCUGCCAACAAGGUAGUGGAACCAGAGCCUACUGAAGUCUCCUUACCAGAAACUGUACCAGCUACAGAUUUGGUAAAGCCUGAACCUGAUCUUGCACCAGAACCUGUAACUAAGCCUGUGCCAGUGAUGGAGUCUGUGGCGUCAAAGGUUUCUGAACAGCCUGUAGCACCAGUCCCAAAGGUUGAGAUUGUAGAACCUGAGGUAAAUCCGGAACUGGUGCCUUGUCCUGAGCCUGAACAAGUAAGUGAAAUUAGGCAAGAGAAAAACUCUUUACCUGAACUCCCACCAUCAAAUGAAGUGCCUAACUUUACCACAGAAGUUGUUGAAAAUGCUAAGAAUCGUGAACUGGACACAGAAUCUCUAGAGACCCAGGCAGCUCCUUCAGAAUCUGCACCCGCACAGCAGCCAUCGGACGAGAAAAUCAAUGAUCAGGGUGCUACCGUUGCGGAAAAUGGCCCUUCUGAGCAGGAUGUCGGAAACUUGGAGGUAAAUAAAGUCCAGGACACUAUCUCCACAGAGCAGGACGUAGCGGAUAAGGAAAUGCACAAUGAAGUUAAGGGCGAAGAAAGCAUCUCGGAUAAACCAACAGAUCAAGACAGUCUACAGAAGGAGAAAGAUUGUAAAGCUGCAGAAGAGGUUGCUUUGGACACAUCAAAGAAUGAGAAUGACCAAGCCAUCUCUGAAGAUGCUACAGUCCAUGAUGCAACUCAAGAGAAAAAAUCUGAAGAUAAAGCUGAAAACCACGAAAUGCCUGCUGAAUUAUCUAACGAGCCAUCUGCGCCUCUCAUCGUCGACAAGCAUGGUGUCGGUAAUGGCUUGCCUCUGAAAGAAGACGUAAAGGUACAUCUAGAGAAUGGAUGUGACAAGGACCUUCAUGAGCUUAAUGGCCAAGGUGGAGGUCACGAAAUUGAAGUAAGCAAUGAAUAAAAGCAUGAGUUUCUAUUCCUGGUUUCAGGAUGAAAUGAUGCAAGACACCCCCACUCUGGUGAACUGUAUACAUUGUCUGUGACCAAAUCUUUCAUGAGAAUUUUUAGAAUUUGGAAGCGAAAUAAAGUAAUCCCCCCCCCCCCCCCCAACUCUUUUAUUAGUGACUCAAUCCAUACGAU